GCUGUGGCGGCGGCAUCAUGGCGGACGUGUUAAGUGUCGGAGUGAACCUGGAGGCCUUUGCCCAGGCCAUUAGUGCCAUCCAGGCGCUGCGCUCCAGCGUGAGCAGGGUGUUCGACUGCCUGAAAGAUGGCAUGCAGAACAAGGAAACGCUGGAGGGCCGGGAGAAGGCCUUCAUUGCGCACUUUCAGGACAACUUGCAUUCGGUCAACCGGGACCUCAAUGAGCUGGAACGUCUGAGCAAUUUGGUAGGCAAGCCAUCUGAGAACCAUCCUCUCCAUAACAGUGGACUUUUAAGCCUGGAUCCUGUGCAGGACAAAACUCCUCUCUAUAGUCAACUUCUUCAAGCCUAUAAAUGGUCAAACAAGUUGCAGUACCAUGCAGGUCUAGCAUCUGGCCUUUUGAAUCAACAGUCGUUGAAACGUUCUGCUAACCAGAUGGGAGUAUCUGCUAAACGUAGACCGAAGGCUCAACCCACAACUCUUGUCUUACCUCCUCAGUAUGUUGAUGAUGUGAUCAGCCGCAUCGACAGGAUGUUUCCCGAAAUGUCAAUCCACUUAUCCAGACCCAAUGGAACAUCAGCAAUGCUUCUGGUGUUACUUCAUCAUAUUGCAAAUCUCUAAGCUGUUUGCUGCUGCAACACCCAUGUUCUCUGAGGAUGAAGAGAAUUCUUGCCUGGGAGGGGAGCAGGACCAACAGCCAUCACUUCCCCUACUACCUUUGCUGGUAACUUUCCCUGUGACUCCAGUGGAAAAGGUUAGAGACCCAUACCGUAGGCAGUAAGGCACCACUGCAGCAGGUUUGGACAAGAGAUGAAAAGUGUUGUUUUCUGGAGAUUAAUCUGGAGGUAUUCUGGGAGGCUUCGAAAGGGGAGUGAGACUGGCAGGGGGAAGACCAGUUAGGAGAUUGUUGAAGCGGGACCCAUUUGAGCACUCUGCAACAUCCCGUUUUAUCUACCUUGACCAAAGUCCGUGUUUAUUUUGCUUUUUAAUGAUGCCAUCACUCAAGGAUAGUGUCUGCCAGAAAGGACAAAAACCAGGGGGCUCCGCGGAUGUCAGGAGCAGGAACGAAACAAUGGUCCUUAUGGGGCCCUGUGGGCCAGAUGAUUCCGUGUCAGUUACCUUCCGUCACUAUAUUUGCGCUCAUACCUUCCAUGGAGAAAUAAUCACGUUGGCCUAACCUAGGGUAGUUCCUCCCUCUGUGUUCAGGGUGAAGUCAUGUAUUGGCAGCCCCAUAGAGGUACAUAGUGUAAGAUGUAGUAAUUCCUCAGAGGAAGAGGGGCAGGGCAAGGCAGAAAAAGCAACAACAUGAUAAAACAAAUUUCUAUGAGUACAGCGCACUCAUCUCACACAGGACUCAGCUCAUUGGAUCCUCAGAGUCCCCUUGAGUUAGGUAGAUAGGACCAAUUGUUUUUGUUUUACAAGUUAGAAGACUGAGAUCCAGAGAUGUACAGUCCUUUCUACUGGGCCAUGCAGCUGGAACACCCACUUCCCUCUCUGAUUAUAGCUCAUGCUGGUGACAAGAUUUGGACUACCAGGCUGGUAAUUUUUCUUAAAAGUUUUUUUACUAUGUAAUCUGACCUAUACAAAGGAAUAUAUGUAAUGUAUCUGUAAAUUAUGCAGCAUAAUGGUAAAGCCAGGAGCUCCUCACUCAAGAAGCAGAACAGAACCAUUGUAUGCUUCUCCCCAGUUCCUGCCUCUCCACCCAAGGUAACCACCAUCCUGAUCAUGCCUUUCUCUUCUUUUUUAAAAUGUGCUUGUAAAACGGUACGUGAAUCCCGAAAUAAGGUCUUGUUCAGUUUCAUCGGUUUUUGAGCUUUAUAGAAAUGGUGUCAUGCUGUGUGUUGUUUCUGAGAUGUAUCCAUGUUGUUGGUUGUGUCUGCAGUUUAAUAAUUUUCAUUGUCAUACAGUAGACCGUUCUAUGACUGUACACUAUUCAUUCUCCUGUCAAUGCAUGUUUGGGUUGUUUCCAAUUUUGUUUUUUAAAUAAUGCUGGCAUGAGCAUUCUUGUACAUACACAACAUAAAUUUUUAAGUCUUAGCUCAAGCCAUGGAGCCAGGGCAGACCCCUUUCUGGAGGGAGAAAUGGAGUGUUAAGAGCAGUGAGAGCAAGUAGCUUUUUCACAAGAGUCACUUGAGUUGUGAAAUGUAAUGGCAUGGCUUCCUGAAACCACUCAGAGGAGGGAUGCCUGCUCUACUAUAUAAAGGGCUCCAGAAGUGGCUCAAGUUAUCAACCUGGGUUCUACGAUCAGAGCAUUCCACUGACUUUUUUGUAGAUAGAGACCUCUUCGGUUUUGGUGUGUGAGUUUAAAGGGGGUUUUAGAUUGUUUCUGCACGUCUGUAGGAAAACAUUACCAAGUCAUUGGAACUCCAGAGCAGUCCGUGAAUCAAAGGCAGGUUUUGGUGAUCCUUUUCAGUUUCCUCCUUCACCAAGUAAUCACUGCCAAGAAUUGUCAGAGCGCCUUAGAUGUAUAUUUCAGAGCCCUAGUCCCUUAUCUGCAGUUUCGUAACAAUAUAAACCUGUUGCCGUCAAGUUGAUUCCGACUUACAACGACCCUAUAGGACAGAAUAGAACUGCCCUAUGGGGUUGCCAAGGCUGUAAUCUUUAUGGAAGCAGACUGCCACAUCUUUCUCCCUCGAAGCAACUGGUGGGUUCUAACCAAUAACCUUUCAGUUAGCAGCUGAUCAAUUAACCACUACGUCACUAGGGUUCCUUCACAAUAUAAAAAGCCAAAAAUAUAGACGGGGGAAAAAGGGUGGGGAGGGACAAUCACAUUGAUAUUUUUUGAGGCUUUUCUUUUAUACAGUUGAGGUCAAUUUGGCUUACCUAAAAGCCAAGCCUGCCUUUCAUUGUUGGCCUGGAAGCCCCAGGGCUUCAGCACCCGUCAGAAACUUUAGGAGUAGACACCUGUCUGGGAGCUGUGUUUGACCUGGAAGCACAUGCAUGUAUCCUAUUCAUGUGUAUGGAUGGACAGAUAGGGCAUAUAUAGGAAAGGAGGUGAGGGGAGGGACAGGAGGACAGAUAGGUAGGUGCUCAGUCAAUAUUUGCUGAAUGAAUACAUGAAUGACAGACAUACAGGCGUCUUUCAGUCUUCAACAGUUUGUCCAUAUUGGCUGUAAUAGAGACCUUUUCCCUACCCAAGGGAAGAGGAGUAAGGCAUUUAUACUGUUUUGAUUUGCAAACUCUCAAGGCAGUUACUGGCUUAACUUCUACUGUCCUUGUGAGUCUUGCGAUAAUCAACUAUAGCCUGACACUCCAAAUCCUAAUGUGAAAUCUAAACUUUUAACGGUUUAUGUAAUCUUUAAAUACAUUGUAGUUCUCUUUGCCCUGUUUGGAGGCUCUUCUCCUGUUGUGUAAGUUAAUAACUCAUUAUAUAAUACAUCCUGUUUCCAUUCUUUGAAGAGAUGAGCUCAGUUAUCCAAAAAUAAAUCUAGCUAUGUUGAUACUUAGUUUCAGUUAAUCUACUGCCUAACAUCCCAUUAUUAAUUUUCUUCAAAUAAUCAAAAUAUUGUAGGAGCUUAACUGAGUCAGACUGGAACAAGCAGCUGGCUUCUUUCAGCAUUUAAAAUACGAAUCUACAAUUUUCGACUGAUCCACUAGAUACAAAGUGUAAGAAAAGAAAAAAGAUAAAGCUCCAACCAUAUUUGAAAUAUACCAUUAUAUUUUACAAAUUAAUCUUUAUGUUGUUUGAUUUAUAGGAGAUACAACUCAUUCAUCAGUCUUUUUAAAUCCACAUUUCAACCGAUCUUCAAUUUCUUUAACAUAGUCAUGCAAUGCUUUUGAAUGGCACAUCUUCAUUGUAAAACCAGGUUACUUUACCCCAAGCUCACUGAGGUAAGGAAAGACUUUUGGACAGCUAACCUGUUGAGCUCUUUGGAGCCUUGAUUUUUCCACUGGGCUCAAUAGUUCUCAAGCUUUAGUAAGGCUAAGAUUCACAGUGUAGUUUGUAGAAAAUGCGUAUUCUGGCAAGGCACCACAGAAAUUCUGAUUCAACAGGUUGGGGGGUAGGACCUAAGAACUGCAUAUCCCAGGUGCCUCAGCUAAGUCUCAGGUAAUCUGUGGGUCACAUUUUAAGAAACAUGAUGUUAAACCUUUUAUGCCUUUGGCAUUCCAUUGAAGGCUAACCUUUUCAGUAAGUUACAGCUCUGGUAUGAGGUAUGAUAUGUAGCUAAAGCAUUAAUUCAUUCAGUAAAUAGUUACUGAACACCAAGGGAUGAAAUCACAGUUCCAGGUGCUAUUCAGCAUCGACCAAGCAAAGUCCCUGCACUUGCAAAACCUGCAUUAUAGUAUGGGAAUCAGACAAGAGACAAGCAUAUUGUUGUAUAAUAUGAUUUCAGAUGGUAAUAGGCUAUUGAGGAAAGAAUUCAACAGGGUAAAGGGCUGGAAAGUGGCACAGGGUGCUGUUGGGGGGUGGGAUUAAGGAGGCCUCUGUGAGUAGAGACCUACGUAAGGUGAGGUCAUGAGCCAUCUGGGGGGGGUCAGGGUCCAGGAGAGAUAGCACAAGUACUAAAGACCCUUGCCUGAGGGCAGCUGGCCAGUGAUGUCAAGUAAAACCAAGGAGACUAGGUAGCUAGAGUUCAGGGACCAAGGGGAAGAGAGGGAGGUAGAGAGAAGAGGCUCCUGAAGCAGUUGGGGAGUAGACUCUUACUGGGUAGGGCUCAGGUUUUUUGUUUGUUUUAACUUCAGUUGUACGAAAUUGAAUUUAUCAUAAUCUUUGGUGUAUGACGCACUGUCAUCAUUGAUUCAGUCACUGCCCUUUCAAAUUUAUUUAGUAAUAUAGUGAAUACUCAUGAGUGAACCUACCAACCAACCCAGGAGCCAGAACACCAUCUGCAACCUGUAUGUAUCUAUAAGUACCUCAUACCACUCUGUUGCAUCCCCUGCCUCUGCCCUACAGGGAAUACUUAUCCCUCCUUUUGAGCAUUCUUCUUCCUUUUGGGGGGACUUUAUCUCAUAUAUAUGUAUGGCCAAACAAUAUACUCUUUAAUUUUGCCUGUUUCCCCCCCCCGCCCCCAAAGAAAGGUGUUAAUCUGUUAUCUUCUGGGACUUACUUUUUUCACUCAGCAUUUGUUUUACUAAAAUUUAUUCAAAUUAUUGGUUUAGCUAUAGCUUAUUCAUUUUUGUGAUCUGAAGUAUUUCGUUAUAUGAAUACAUCCUAAUUUAUUUAUCUGUUUUUUUGUCAGUCGCCAGUUGAUUUCUUUCUGAGUUUUUUGGUUUGUUUUUGUUUUUUGUUCUUUGUAUCAUGAGCAGUCCUGCUGUGAACAUUCUUUUUCAUAUCUGUUGGUACCCAUGUGCUAAACUUUCUCUUGGAUCUACCCCUAGGAGUAGAAUUGCUCUGCUUAGGGCAGUGAUUCUCAACUAGGGGUGACUUUUGAACCUCAAGGGACAAGGAGCCUGGGUGUCAGAGCGGUUAAGUGCUUGGCUGCUUACUGAAAGGUCGGCAGUUUGAACCCACCAGCUGUUCCAUGAGAGAAAGAUGUGGCAAUCUGCUUCUAUAAAGAUUACAGCCUUGGAAACCCUGUGGGGCAGUUCUGCUCUGUCCUGUAUAGGGUCACUAUGAGUCAGGAUCAACAAAAUGGAUGAGUUUUUUUUUUUUUUUUAAGAGAAAUUUUUGUCUCAACUCGGGCAGGGGGAGUGCUAUUGGCAUCUAGUGGGAUGAUAAUAGGAUUGCUGCUAAAUAUUUAAAACAAGACAGCCCCCACAUCCAAGAAUUAUCCAGUCCAAAAGUGCCAGUGUUUUAAAACCCUGGUUUAAGGCAUGCAAAUACUCAGUUUGCCGUGAUAAUGCCAAAAUGUUUUCCUAAGUAGUUGCACAAAUUUACACUCCCACCAGCAAUCCUCAAGUCGUAAAACACAUUUUUCCCAAAGUCAAAGACUUGAAUAAUAACUUUUUGUCCUUCAGAAAUUUCUGAAGAUCAUCCAGUGUAAAAUUCUUUGAUGCUUGGUGUCUUAUUCAGCAUCAUCAGUGGUCCAGGGACAAGGGUAACAGAGAUUCUUUCAAGAGGUCUACAGGAUCAAAACUAUUUUAAUGGUAAUACUGAGGCAUUACUUUCCUUUUUCACUCUCAUUCAUUCAUGAGUUCACAGUGGAGCUUUCCAGAGACUACGUAAUGUGCAAUGACAUCAUCACACUGACACCUAAUAGCUUGUAUAUUCUUAUGUUUUAAACAUUUCUCAGUUUUAACUUCUAAUUUGGUAAAUAUUGAUAGCUACAUCCCACAAAAACAGAAGCUCUUUGAGGUCCUUAAUAAUUUUCAAAAGUGUAGAGAGGUCCUAGAUCAAAAUAUGUGAGAACUGCUGCUUUAAGGAGAAAUAUGUCCAACAGUUAAGGAAAAGUGGUUCAAAAAUGUUGCAAGUUUACUAGUGAUCAAAAACUUUGCAGUUAAAAAAAAAAAUCAAAAAGUAAAAGGCAACAGGAAAUGUGGGACAUUCUAUAGGACAACUAAAUUUCUUCAACAAAGUUGAUGGCAUGGGGGAAAAUGAGAAAGAUGAAAUACUUAAAAGAGACUUAACAGCAAUAUGUAAACUGUGGACUUUGUUUGGAUCCUGAUUCAGACAAACCAACUGUAAAAGGACAUCUGUGAUGCAGUCUGAGAGAUUUAAACAUAGUCUGAAUUUUAAUUGAUACCAGGGAAUUGUUGGUAAUUUUGUUAGGUGUAAUAAUAGUCUUGUGGUUUGAAAAAAAAAGGUCCAUAUUUUUUAGAGAUAGAUACUGAAGUAUGUAGAGUUGAAAUAACAUGAUGUAUGAAGUUUGCUUUAAAAUACUUUUUAACAAAAAUUUAAAAAGGAAAGAUAGAAAAAAGAUAGAUAAAGCAGAUGUGACAAAAUCUUGGUCAUUUUUUAAUUGGGAUGGUUGUUAGAUAAUCUCUCUUCCUUUAUGUUUAACAAUUUUCAGAAUCAAAAAUAGUAUGGAUGGCUAUCUACAUUCAAGCCUCUGUACAUAUCCUCCAAAUAUUACAGAAAAACAAGAAGAACCAAACAAAACUACAAAAACCACGCCGUAAACCCAAAAAAGAAAACCAAGAAUGUCCACACUCCAACUUACAUGUAAGAAAAACAAAAAAAUUCAAGUGAGCUAUCCCUUGCACUCUCGCUGUUAACCUUUGCCGAGUGAAAAAUGCCUCACACAAAAGAGUACGUACUCAUUGAUUCAAUUACGUAGUUUUUGAACACGUAAAAUAUAAAGUGAAUAAAAAUCAGAACAGUGUUUACCUCUAGGAGGGAGGGGGCAGGCAUUGACUAGGAAGGGCAUCAGGGAACAUUUUGUGGUGGUGGGAGCGUUCUGUAUUUUGAUAGGGAUGUGCUUUAUAUGGCUAUGCGCAUUUAUCAAAAUUCAGAGAAUAGUACACUAAAAAUUUUUACAUUUCAUUGUAGACAGAUUUUACCUCAAGAAAAUUUAAAAGUAAACAUCAAUAUACUUGAUCAAUGUAUGCAUAAGAUGUUGUUGCUAUCGGGUGCUGUUGAGUCUGUUCCGACUCAUAGUGACCCUGUGCACAACAGUACGAAACACUGCCCGGUCCUGCGCCAUCCCUACAAUCGUUGUUAUGCUUGAGCUCACUGUUGCAGCCACUGUGUCAGUCCACCUCGUUGAGGGUCUUCCUCUUUUUCACUGACAUGUACUCUGCCAAGCAUGAUGUCCUUCUCCAGGGACUGAUCCCUCCUGACAACAUAUCCAAAGUAUGUCAGACGCAGUCUUGCCAUCCUUGCUUCUAGGGAGCAUUCUGGUUGUACUUCUUUCAAGACAGAUCUGUUCGUUCUUUCGGCAGUCCAUGGCAUAUUCAAUAUUCUUCAGCAACACCACAAUUCAAAGGCAUCAAUUCUUCUUUGGUCUUCCUUAUUCAUUGUCCAGCUUUCACAUGCAUAUGAUGCAAUUGAAAAUACCAUGGUUUGGGUCAGGCACACCUUCAUCUUCAAGGUGACAUCUUUGCUCUUCAACACUUUAAAGAGGUCCUUUGCAGCAGAUUUACCCAGUGCAAUGCGUCUUUUGAUUUCUUGACUGCUGCUUCCAUGGCUGUUGAUUAUGGAUCCGAGUAAAAUGAAAUCCUUGACAACUUCAAUUUUUUCCCCGUUUAUCAUGAUGUUGCUCAUUGGUCCAGUUGUGAUUUAUGCUGAGGUGCAAUCCGUACUGAAGGCUGUGGUCUUUGAUCUUCAUUGGUAAGCGCUUCAAGUCCUCUUCACUUUCAGCAAGCAAGUUUGUGUCAUCUGCAUAACGCAGGUUGUUAAUAAGUCUUCCUCCAAUCCUGAUGCCUCGUUGUUCUUCAUGUAGUCCAGCUUCUUGUAUUAUUUGCCCAGCAUACAGAUUGAAUAGGUGUGGUAAAAGAAUACAACCCUGACGCACACCUUUCCUGACUUUAAACCAAUCAGUAUCCCCUUGUUCUGUCCGAACAGCUGGCUCUUGAUCUAUGUAAAGGUUCCUCAUGAGCACAAUUAAGUGUUCUGGAAUUCCCAUUCUUCACAAUGUUAUCCAUAAUUUGUUAUGAUCCACAUGGUCGAAUGCCUUUGCAUAGUCAAUAAAACGCAGGUAAACAUCCUCCUGGUAUUCUCUGCUUUCAGCCAGGACCCAUCUGACAUCAGCAGUGAUAUCCCUGGUUCCACGUCCUCUUCUGAAACCGGCCUCAAUUUCUGGCAGUUCCCUGUCAAUACACUACUGCAGCUGUUUUUGAAUGAUCUUCAGCAAAAUUUUGCUUGCAUGUGAUAUUAUAUUGUUCUAUAAUUUCCACAUUUGGUUGGAUCACUUUUCUUGGGAACAGGCAUAAAAUAUGGAUCUCUUCCAGUCAGUUGGCCAAGAAGCUGUCUUCCCAUAUUUCUUGGCAUAGAUGAGUGAGCACCUCCAGCGCUGCAUCUGUUUGUUGAAACAUUUCAAUUGAUAUUCCAUCAAUUCCUGGAGCCUUGUUUUUCUUUCAGAGCAGCUUGGACUUCUUCCUUCAGUACCAUCGGUUCCUGAUCAUAUGCCACCUCUUGAAAUGGUCGAACAUGGACUAAGUCUUUUUGGUAUGAUGCCUCUGUGUAUUCCUUCCAUCUUCUUUUGAUGUUUCCUGCGUCGUUUAAUAUUUUCCCCAUAGAAUCCUUCACUAUUGCAACUCGAGGCUUGAAUUUUUUCUUCAACUCUUUCAGCUUGAGGAACACUGAGUGUGUUCUUCCCUUUUGGUUUUCCAUCUCCAGCUCUUUGCACAUGUCAUUAUAAUACUUUACUUUGUCUUCUCUAGCCACCCUUUGAACUCUUCUGCUCAGUUCUUUUACUUCAUCAAUUCUUCCUUUUGCUUUUUUGCUCAACAUUCGAGAGCAAGUGUGUUCUAGGAAUGAGCAAAUAGGAAAUAAAUUGUGGAUGAUGGGAGCCAGAUUUCUCCCUUUUGGAGAAGGAAAUUACAUAUGUAAAGGAGAAUACUAGAAAGAGCCUUUGGCAUUGGAUUGGAAUUGGAGAUAUCAGUAUGAACUAAUUGCUUUUGAUGUAUAUAGACAGAUAUGGAAAUAUCACACACAUACAUACGCUCACACAUAUGCACAAACAUAUGCCCUAGCUCUGUUUGCUUAGAGGGUGUAGAAGCAGUGAGACCCCAGAAGCAAUGAGCACAUCUGUCAUCCGCAUCUUAGUUUCUAGAUAUCACUGUCCACUAACAGUCUUCUUAGAGAAAUUUCAGUUUCCAGAGCAGGCAGGUAAAGUGCAAGGUGAACCAGGAAUAUUUUGUUAUGCCAGAGAGUAAAAGAAGUACUCAAAAAAUGAUAGGGACGUGUUAAAAGGAUGCAGAAGCCAGAUUGAAGGGGUUCCCACAGGCCAAACCUGGGACCAUUGAAGAUCAAAAUAAAUAAUGAUACUAAUGGAUUAAAGCUCACAGAAUAUAAUCCCAGUGUCCAUACUGAUAUAAAUGAAUACUAAACGAAUAAAGAAAUGGGAGCUAACAGUUCUUUUCAGUAGAACGUGAACUAAUAAAUGUAGAAGGAUUUAGAAAAUUGGGUAACUAUCAUAGUAAUAAUUGUUUCAGGAGGAAUCAAGACCUCAAGAAUUACAAAGCGUUGUUAAAAUUAUUGAGUAGAAGUUUGAUGAGAAGCCAUAUGUUUGUGUGUGCGUGUGUGUGUGUAGAAAGAGGGCAUGCAAGCAAAUGUGACGUAAUGCUAACAUUUAGGGGAUCUAGGUGACAUAUAUAUAGGAAUUCUUUGUACUAUUGCAACUUUUCUGUAAGUCUGAGAUUGUUCAAAAUUAUUUCAAAUUAAGAAGCUAACUUUUUUUUUUUAAAGAAUAGUGUAAAUAAUGUUUAUUUAACAAGCUCUUAUGUAGCCAAGUAUCGUUCUGGGUGCUUUACAAAUGUGAAUUCACUUAGUUCCCCUAACAGCCCUAUGUUGUUGUUAGUUGCAUUCAGUCGUCUCUGACUCAUGGCUACCCCAUGUAUAAUAGAAUGAAAAAUUGCCAGGUCCUGCACCAUCUUUGUGAUCGUUGCUAUGCUUGAGUCCAUUUUCGCAACUGCUGUGUAGUGGUUUCUAACAUAGGGAGCUCAUCUUGCAGCACUGUAUUGGACAAUAUUCUGUUGUGAUCCAUUAGGUUUUUUUUUUUUUUUUAAUUGUGCUUUAAGUGAAAGUUUACAAAUCAGGCCAGUCUCUCAUACAAAAAUUUACAUACACCUUGCUAUACACUCCUAAUUGCUCUCCCUCUGAUGAGAUAGCACAAUACUUCUCUCCCUUCUCUCUCCUCGUGUACAUUCGGGUAGCUUCUGGACACCUCUGCCCUCUUAUCUCCCCGCCCAACAGGAGAUACCAACAUAGUCUCAUGUGUUGACUUGAUCCAAGAAGCUUGUUCUUCACCAGUCUCAUUUUCCAUCCCCUAUUUUGUUUUUUUUAUUCCAGUCCAAUCCCUGUCUGAAGAGUUGGCUUUGGGAAUGGUUCCUGCCCUGGGGUAACAGAAGGUCUGGGGUCCAUGGCCUCUGGGGUUCCUCCAGUCCCAGUCUGACCAUUAAGUCUGGUCUUUUUGUGAGAAUUUGGGGUCUGCAUCCUACUGCUUUCCAGCUACCUCAGGGUUUCUCUGUUGAGUUCCCUGUCAGGGCAGUCAUCAGUUGUGGCCAGGUGCCAUCUAUCUCUUCUGGUCUCAGGCUGAUAGAAGCUAACAUUUUUAAGCAUGCACGUUUAUAUUUACAUAUUAGAUAAAAUUAUAUGUGUCUGGUCUAAGCCUCCAUUACCUCUUAUCUGAUUACUGUAGUAGCCUCCUAACUGGCCUGCUGUCCUGCUUCCACCCUGCCUCUAGGCAGUCUCUUCUUCGUGUAGCCAGAGUGUUUUAAAACGGAAGUCAAGUCAUGUCUCUUCUCUGCUUAGAAUUCUGCAGUGGCUCCCCAUUUCCCUCAGAGUAGAAGUUCAUCCACCUGAGUCCUUAUGAUGGCUCAUCAUCUGCUCCAGCCCCAGACCCUGCCCCUUACACGCUCCCCUCACUCACCAAGCCUAACUCCUGUUGUAAGGGCUUUGCCAUUAGAUAUCCACAGGGCUUAGUCCUCAUAGCCUUCAGGGUUUUGCUUUUAUGCCCCUUCUCAGUGAGACCUUCUCUGACUACCAUGUGUAACUACCUCCCCACUCCCUAUUUCCUUGGACAUCAUUUUUUUUUUUUAAAUAGUACUUACCGCUUUCUAACAUAUGGUAUUUCCUUAUCUAUUCUGCUUAUUGCCUAUUGUCUGUUUCUUCUUAAAAGACUGUAAAUCUCCACAAGUGCAGAGAUCCUGUCUGGUUUGUUCAGUGAUGUGUUCCAAGUCCCUAGAACCUCUAGACCCCUAGUACCUGACACACAGUAGGUGCCUAGUAAAUAUUUGUUAAAUAAAUGAAUGUGUAUAUGUGUAGAAAGAAACUUAAAAGAUCAUCUUCAAAGUACUUAAAUGAGCUAUAAACCAAAACAGAAACCAAACCUGUUGCCAUCUAGUCAGUUCCGACUCAUAGUGACCCUGUAAGACAGAGCAGACCUGCGCCACAGGGUUUCCAAAGAGCAGCUGGUGGAUUCGAACUGACAUCCUUUUGGUUAGCAGCUGAGUUCUUAACCACCGUGCCACCAGGGCUUCCAGAGGAACUAUGGGGAACAAUAUGUGAGACUAGAAUUACAGACUGUGUGCAGUCCUGGUUGUAAGGGGAAUAGAUAUGUACCUAUUUGUAGGUAUAUUUGUGAACUGUCUAGAAUGGAUAUAUAUACACCCUAUUGUUAGUACAAUGGAGACCUGGUGGUGCUGUGGUUAAGUACUUGGCUGCUAACCAAAAAUUAGCAGUUUUUGAACCUACCAGCUGCUCCACGGGAGAAAGAUGUGGCCGUCUACCUCUGUAAAGAUUACAGUGUUAAAAACCCCAUGGGGCAGUUCUACUUUGUCCUAUAGGGUCACUAUGAGUCGGAAUCGAUUUGACAGCGACAGGCUUGAUUUUGGUUUUACUGUUAGUACUGGUAAAUCCCAGACUUAUGACAGGGUAAGCUACACUAAGAAGGGAGGAGCUUAUCCUUCAAGCAAUGAGGAGCCAACAGAGGUUCUUAAGUAGCAGACUGGCUUAAUGAGAUCAGCUCUUUGAAUGAUCAUGCUGGUGUGGAAGAUGGAGUGGAAGUGGAGGGUCUGGAAGCAAGGAGACCAGGACACCAACUAGAAGGCCGAGGCAAGAGAUAAGAGUAAAGAAGAUGGGGCAGAGGAGCUGAUCUGAAGGAAAGAGGCAGGACUGACAGUUCAUCAAGAUGUGUACUGUAUGCGGCAUUGGGAAGGGGGAUGGGUCAUUGCUAGCGGUUACAGUUUGGGGUAUCAUAGUAGUUGAUCAGUAAGCAUUUGUUACAAGAAUGAAGGUAAGGACUAGAAAAGAAAGCUGAUAAAUUGGAGGCAGGCUAGGGGAGAAGUGGUCUGGAAAUUAGGCACCAUGAAAACAGAUCCAACAUUUAUCACUGAAUAAAAAUGAAUUAAAUAAUCUUAAAAAAAAAAAAAAAA